AUGUUGUAAAAGGAAGGAACUUAAUAGGCAAAAUGACGUCCGAAGAUUCCACAGGUGCUGCAUACAACAUUCUGACAAAUAGCAUGUAUUCAUCGGCAGAGUUUGAACACGAAUUGUUAUCUGGUAGAGACGACUUGAGUAGCGAAAACUGCAAACCUGAGGCACUUUUACAGGCAGUUGUGUUUGUCGAAGAUGCUGUCCAAUUUAGAAGUAUUUACCAUAAAGUUGAUAUCAAAUCACUUUGGUACUACCGAUUAUAUUAUUCGCCAAUUGUACAAUGGAUUAUUAGUUCAGCUAUAUGUGUCAUUCUUCUAUUGGCAUUUUUUGAGUUCCCAUCAUCCCUAACGACAGGCUGGAGUUCUGAUCCUAGGUACAGAAAGGAACGUAUUGAAGCGCCAUGUGGCUUGACAGAAAGCAUUGAACUUGUCUGUCUCCUUAUUUUUGUUGCAGAUAUUUGGAUGAAGGCAUACCUGAUUGGCAACAAGCAGUUUAUGAAGCAGAAGUGGUUGUUUGCAUAUGUCUUAGUGAUUGUAGCAUCCUUAAUUGAUUGGAUUGUUUCUGUCCACACUGCUUGUAACGAGAUCAUCCGUUUCAGGCGUCUAUUAAGACCAUUUUUUCUCCUUCAAAAUUCAUCUCUUAUGAAGAAGACCGUGAGGAGUAUAAAAAGGACUUUGCCAGAAGUUUUUAGUGUUAUUUUGUUAGUGGUGCUACAUUUAUACUUCUUUACCAUGGUUGGCAUUAUCAUAUUCUCUGCACAGACAUCAUCUUCCAGUGUGGGCAACUCAACCGAUACCGACAACGGUAAUAAAACCAACGAAGAUAAGUUCUUUAGUUCAAUUGGUAGAGGAUACAGGAGCUUACUGGUGUUGCUAACUACAGCAAACAACCCCGAUGUUAUGAUGCCAGCUUAUAUUGAAAAUAGGAUGUAUGCAUUGUUCUUCAUAAUCUUUCUUUCAAUUGGACUUUACUGUUUCUUUAAUAUGCUUACUGCUGUUAUAUACAACCAGUUCCGUGGAUAUUUACAAAGUUCCAUGCAGGCAAGUUUCUUCCGACGAAGAUUAGGAAUUCGCGCUGCAUUUGAAAUUAUGAGACGACAAGGAAAAAUAUCAUUUACAGUAAGACAAAUUAGAAAUACUGUUCCCGUGAGCAUGGUCAAGUCAGUUAUUUUACAAGUUAAAAUGAAGAAAGUUUUCAAAACAGCCAUAAUAAGGGAACUUGAUGAUAAAAUGGGAGGCUUUGUAACAUCAAUAGACUUCUGUCAUCUUUUUGACGUUCUAGACAAAAACCUAAAAGUUAAAAAGGUAAAACUUAACAUGCUUUUUUGUCCAUUUCUGAGGAAAGUGCAAUCAUGCAUUUCACAUCGAUAUUUCACCUACUUUGGCAGUUUUAUAGCGGUCAUUAAUGUCAUCUGUAUCACAAUUGAAAUGGGACUCGAAAAGAAAGAAGAAAAGAAAGCAGGCUUAAUUGCUGCCAUGAAUUUUCUUUUCAUCAUUUAUUAUAUUGUGGAAUUGAUACUAAAGAUCUGGAUAUUAGGUUGGCGUAAAUACUUCUCAUCAAAACUAAACAUAGCAGAUUUUGCGGUAGUUAUCUCUUUAUUUGUAAUAGAAGUUGCAUAUGCAUCUUCGAUUGGUAAACCAUUUGCCAUUACAGAGAGUCUGGGUGAAAGUUAUGAUCUCUUUGUAUUAUCUCGCAUAAUAAAUUUACUGAUUUUAGUCCGACUCUUUAGAAUUAUUACACAUAUUAAACCUAUGGCAAUUGUGGCCUGGACUACCGUGGAUCUGAUCAAGAACCUAAGAGCUUUUGCGGGAAUUCUAGUGGUUAUCUACUAUUUCUUUGCCAUUCUUGGAAUCCAGCUUUUUUAUGAUAAAAUUACCUAUGAAAAGCGAGAUCCUGAAAGAAUGCGUAAGUGUGGUACAUAUGAGCAGUUGAACUACUGGGCCAAUAAUUUUGAUGAUUUUGCUAUGGUAUCAGAUUUAUUUCAUCUGCUGGUACUUUGUGUCAGUUUUAGUAUGUCUCAAUCUCUUCGCAGCAUUGAUAAUUGAGAAUUUUAUCACCAAAUGGGAUCGUUAUCAUCUUCAAGAAAGGGAAGACCAGCAAACGAUGUACAUGCUGAAUGUCCAUGCAAUGUUUAGGCCUGACUUAAAGGAGCCAUCAGAUGACGAUCUCAUGAAUGCACUGCAGAGUCAUCAACACCUGAACAUAAAUUAGCACAAAGUAUUCAGAGGAUACAGGUUGGCUCUUCAUGUUAAUUGCUUACAAAUGUUUCAUGUUUAUCAUACUUGAUGAUGCAUUAUGUGCUGGUGCUUGAUAGAAAUCAUUUGUUUCCUACCAAAUGUUGGCACAGUUCUAUUGUGGCAACCAUACAAUGAUGUUCCUAUGUGUCGUAGUCAUUUUUGGAAGUUUUUUCAUCAUGCAGUCGGGGAGUGCAAUGCCUUUGGUUAUGCAGACUUUUUUUUCCAGUAUUGGACGCAAUUCAUAAUUUGAUUUUUGACUACUUAUCUGACGCAUGUCAAGAGGUUUUUGACUUCAGUUGCAAACAUCGUGGAGGAUUUAAAGUGGAACGCAAGACAUUUUUGAUACCUAAUUGUGUACUGUAUAUUUGUCAAAUUUUGCAAUUAUUAACAUGACAUCUUCGAAAACUUACAAUUUUGUUUCGCUCAACAUGGUUAACAAUCCGUUGUUGUUCGGUAAUUAUUGCUUGUGCUACCUAGUGCCAGCUAAUACUACACUAGUCAAUUUUUGCUAGCGAUAUUUUGUAAUGUCAGAUCGUUCCCUCAUAAUCCACGGAUUAAUAGUUGCAGAUAGCGAAAUCGUUUUUAAAUUUCUAGCGCGUCGAACUGUCAGAGGUGACAUCAUUAGUAAUUAUAUUUUCAAAAUUAGCAGUUAAGUUUGUAAUCAAGGUGUGGAGAUAAUUUAAUUUUGAUAAAAAUUUGCUGUUUUAUAAAUUUUAAUAAAUGAAUGUUUUUGCAACAUGAGUAAUAUUAGUUAUUAGUUUGUUUUAUUAUUUUAAACCAUGCAGGUAAUGGAAACAUUGAUUAUUGAAUAAUCAAUAAUAAUAAUAACAAUAAUAAUUAUAAUAAUAAUAUUUUUUUAUAACAUCUCUGAUAAAAUUUAAGCUAAGAGAUGUGAGUCCCUUUCCUCCUAUAAGCAUACAGUGAACUAAAACUAGGGAGAAGUACAGAUUUUUGUGUUUCAAUGUUUUUUAUUUUAAUGAAUAGUUAUUCAAUUUGUUAUUUUCUUUGCUGGGAUCUGCGGAGGACCAAGGAUUUUAUCCCUGAGCAGUUUCCCAGGGUAAAUGAUAAAGGAAAGAAAAAAAGAAAAUAAUCUACACACUGAAGCACUUUAAAUUGUUUAUAUAUUCAUGUUCACAUCCAUAAACAUUUAAGAUUUAAUUACUUUGUUUUCAGUCCUUAUGAAAUACCAAAGUUUUCAUUUUUGUUUUAAAGACUCCCUUUUUGUUUCAAGGAUCCUAUUAUAAAUCCAUCAAGGUGAUGUAUAUCCAUCUCAGAUAGAGGGCAUAUGCCUGCCCACACAUUUCUCUGUGAAUUGUUGUGGUUAGUUAUUUUGUGUCGCUUGGUACCGGCCUGGUACCAGAUGAGUCCAUUUUUUUUUCAAGCGAUUAUUUCGCAAUAUCAGAUCAGUAUAAUCCACAGAUCAACAGUUGCAGAUGGUAAAUUAAUUUUUCAAGUUUUAGCGUGUUAACUACGAAAUCUGUGUUAUUCAAAUCUUUGUUAUUCGUUCAUUAAUUCUGUUGCAAUAAGGAGGAGUUAAACCAAAAUAUUAGUCAAACAAUAAAAAUGGACAUAAACAGUAUUUUGAUAGAUAUUUGAUUUAUAUAUCUGUAGAGCAUUAUAUCUGUCACUCACAUUGUAUUUUAAUAUAAUUAACAAAGAAAUUAAUUGAAUAAAUUGAAAUAAAUUAGUAUUUAAUUGCUAAUAUGCAUUCAUUUUGCUGUUAUGUGCAGUUUGAGCAAAAGAUCUGUCCACAAUCAGGUUUUAUGUAACAAUGAGUGUCAU